CAGUUUAUUAUUUUCGAAAAGUAAAACUACGAGCAAAUAAAACUGACCAAAUUAAAGGAAGCAGUUCCGCGGAGAGUGUCUCCAACAAAUCCCUAAUCCAAAAUGCCGGAAUCACCCGGCGGCGGAGACGCCGGCGCUCCACCGCAGACAACGGAAUUGAAAAGGCCUCACACUGACCAAAACGCCGCCGAAAAAACCGACGCGGAUCCUCCGGUGCUCUCGAAAAACGCACAGAAGAAGCUGGCGAAGCAGCAGAGGUUUGAGGCGAAAAAGGCGGAGAAGAAAGCCGCGGCGAAGGAGCAGAAGCGAAGAGAUGUAGAGAGAAAGCGCAAGGAGUGGGAAGACAGCCUCGCCGGCGUCUCCCAAGAGGAGAGAGCGAAGCUAUUGGAGUCUCGAAGAACCCUCCGCAAGGAGAGAAUGGAGAAGAGGUCACUGGAGAAAGAAAACAAGAGAGAGAGACUAACUGUAGCGAGAGAACAAGGUCAAAACGUCGUCGUCGAUCUCCAGUUUUCUCACCUCAUGAACCCUAACGAAAUCCACAGCCUCGUUCAGCAGGUUAUGUAUUGUUAUGCUGUGAAUGGAAGGUGCGCUUCUCCUGCGCAUCUUUGGCUCACUGGCUGCGACGGGGAAAUGGAUAGUGCAUUGAAGCGGAUUCCGGGGUUUGAUAAAUGGAUAAUUGAGAAGGAGAAUAGGUCUUACAUUGAAGCCUUGUGUGAUCGAAAGGAGGAUUUGGUUUAUCUCACUGCGGAUUCAGAGAUUGUUCUUGAAGAACUUGAUUUGAAGAAGUUUUAUAUUAUUGGCGGGUUGGUGGAUAGGAACCGGUGGAAGGGCAUAACGUUGAAGAAAGCACAAGAGCAAGGGAUCCAAACGGCUAAACUCCCUAUAGGAAAUUUCAUGAAGAUGUCUAGCUCUCAGGUUCUUACUGUGAAUCAAGUGGUAGAAAUAUUACUCAAGUUCUUGGAGACGAAGGACUGGAAAACAUCUUUUUUUGCCGUUAUCCCUCAACGGAAAAGAUGUCAAUCCGAUUCAGAAGGAAAUGCAGAAAAUACGGUAGAGGAAGAACACGAACAGAACGAUGGUCUAACGGCAAGUAAAAAAAAAUGUGUUGAGGAGGUCCCUUCAAACAGUUAGAAUUGUCUCUGGCUCAAAGUAUCCUUACAAACCUGUUGAUCUUCUUCUGAAAAGCCAACAUCAAAAACAGAAACUUCAAAUAAGAGCUUCACAUGCAAUCUUAAUACUGACAGGGAUUUGGCAUAAUUUUUAUAUGCCUUGUAACAAUCUGUAACAAGUAUCCCCAGAUGAUGUUGAAAUGGAAUGAUUCUUUUUGAA